AUGGUUUCCAUUUGGGCGAGAAUCGUCGCUGUCUUCCACUUCAUCCUUCUCUCUCCUCCUAAGGAAGAGGGGCCUGAUCAACGGCCGCUGUCAGCCUCUGUACAUGCGGCCUUUCCACCUCAGGUUACUGUGCAGGCCGACGAUCACCAGGCUCCAACGCCGUUCCUGCCUCCUUCGGCACCACGUGCCUCGAAUUUUACGUGUGAAUAUCCGGACUUGGACGGGUAUACGUUUUGCUCGACAUACGGCGACCGUUCCUGCUGGCUCAAGCACCCUGACCCCCAAAAACAAGUGUAUGACAUCAAUACCGACUACGAGAAUGUUUUCCCCAAAGGUAAAACCCGGCAAUACUAUAUCGAGGUUAACGAAAAGACCAUCAGACCAGAUGGGGUGGACCGCAAGGCUAUGGUCGUAAAUGAUACUUAUCCUGGACCCUGGAUCGAAGCCUGCUGGGGAGACUGGCUAGAAAUCACGGUCAAGAACAAUCUCAAGACCAAUGGGACCACCAUUCACUGGCAUGGAAUUCGCCAGCUGCACACGACAGCCAGUGAUGGCGUGAACGGCAUAACGCAGUGCCCUAUCGCUCCCGGCGAGACCUACACUUAUAGAUUUAGAGCUAUGCAGUAUGGGACUACAUGGUAUCACAGCCACUAUAGUCUGCAGUACGGAGAAGGCGUCCUGGGUCCGAUGACUAUCCACGGCCCAGCAUCGGCAGAUUACGACGAGGCACAGCCUCCGGUGCUGAUGACCGACUGGACUCACGAGUCGUGGUAUACAAAGUGGUGGGACAAUGUCAUCAAUGGAAAAGCGAGACCGGAGCCCGACAACAUCCUGGUCGGUGGCAAGGGCACUUGGCCAGCUAGCAAGCCCAGCAAGGGCUUUCGACUGGAUUUCGUCAAGGGCACGCGGUAUCUGCUUCGACUGAUCAAUACUUCGGUUGACACGUCUUUUGUUUUCUCGAUAGACAAUCACAAGAUUCAGGUCAUCGGCUCAGACCUCGUCCCCAUCGUGCCAUACAUAACGGAUCAUGUGGUCGUUGGCAUAGGCCAACGGUACCAUAUCAUUGUUACCGCGAAUCCCAGAGACGGUAAAGCCAAUGCGACCUACUGGAUUCGCACCCAGCCGGCUAAGGGCUGCGACCCGGGCGGGACGAGCAAGAUAGACCCGCGAACCGGCAUUGUCGUCUACAAAGACACAGAACCUGUUGACUACCCCGUCACUUUCGACACCACCUGUCGUGAUGAACCGUACGACAAACUGGUUCCAAUCCUCAAAUGGACCGUGGGCCGGCCGUCCAACAUCGCAGCCAACAGUCAGUUCGAUAUUGGGUUUGACCAAAUCACGGCAGGCACGGAGUACCCUGCGAAUCUAACCAGAGGCCGUUUCAACAUGUACAGCGACACCAUGUGGCUGAACUUCACCAACGUAACCCUGUCGCAAAACCUCAGUGCCCCGCAAGCCGCCUUCAAUUCCCACUCUGUGGCUGUCAAGGAAAAUUCGCAGAAGGAUGAUUGGGUCUAUCUACUCGUCUCGGGCACGGGCAUCCCGCGCAGUGGCCGCACGUAUCUUCCCAUCGCGCAUCCUAUCCACUUACACGGCCACGACUUCGCCAUUCUGCAGCAGUCUACAAAGCCUUACCGGAUCGGCGGGUUGGACCUGAAAUUGGACAACCCUCCUCGGCGAGACGUGGCUUUCAUGCCCAGGGAUGGCUAUCUCGUACUGGCGUUCAAGGCCGAUAACCCGGGCGUUUGGCUGAUGCACUGCCACAUUGCGACCCACGCUUCAGGCGGAUUGGCGAUGCAGAUCGUCGAGAAUGGCAACCAAACCGUGCUUGAUCCGUUCGACCAGAAGCAGCUGGCGCACACCUGCAAGAAAUGGAAAGACUGGGCUUCGGACAAGGACCACCGCUUUCUGCAAGACGACUCUGGUAUCUAACCGAGACAGUGAGAGGACGUGGGUUGCCCAAACUCGAACGUGGUAGAUGGGGCAACUUGUGGACUUCCGUAACUGUCUGUACGCACGUACGCACUACGUAGGG